AUGCCACCGCAGAAGCGUGAUGACAUAACUACUGCUUUUUGUAACUCCGCGUAUGCAACGCCGUAUGGCGACAAUACAAUUCCAGGCAAUCAUCCAGGCUGUCGCCGCAAGCACCUAGGAAGGCAGUAUGCACCACAACCAAUCAACAAGAGUUCACUCAUGACAGAUCUUCACGUGCCGGGAUGUGGGUUGGGCCGACAUGGACCCGUUUUACCCGCAGACAUUAACAACCAUGUUCGGUAUACGCUUCUCCAACGGGACAAUCACAAUAGCAACUACGUGUUGGACACUGAGCGAGGUGGUAAAAGGCACUUUGAGGAGGAACGUGCGGCUGAGAAGGUCUGGUUACCGUCGCUGCGUCAAUUAGACCCACCGAUACCUGAGGCUUUGCUGCGUCCUCGGCAGCGUCGAGGACUUGGCGUAUACAAUCAUGUGGUUUGCGGGCCGGGGCUGAAGGCGAUGAUGGAGCGGCGUGAUCGCGAGGCGGCCAGAGAACGAAUUGGAAAGGCGCAUGUCUGUGGUAUGCCCGACCAUCGCCCCACGGACUUGGGUCUUUACCAUUUGCUCUGCAGCGGUGAACCCCCUUCCACACACGGUGACGCUGCGGCAGCUGCUCCUCCAGUGGAGGCUUCGUCCAGCUCUGCCUCACGACCUGUGGAGGAAAAGAAAUCCUCUGUUGAAGCUUCUACCCCGGUUGAGCCUUCGCGUUUGACUUUUCUGGCGUUUUUCUCGCCAUCCGCGGAUGAGACACGGAUGCGUGGUAUGUAUAUGGGAGGAUGCCGUCAACCCAUUAACGUUCCGGAUUUAGAAAAGGGAUCUACGCUUGCUGAGCAGCGUAGAAAAGCCGAGGUAGCCCAAGCUAGGCUGGAAGAUAUCCGCCUUGUGCAGCUGUUACCAAAGCUCUAA